AAGGAGAUGAGCAUAUGGGACCUUGGGGCUCAAUGCUUGUGGUGGGAAGCUAAGGUUGAUGAUUAUAUCCAAGGCCUCAUCAUCUCUGCUGAUGGAAAACUCCUGACCUGUUAUAUGGCCAACCAGAAGCUUCAAAUGUGGAACUGUGUUACACAAGAAUUGGUAACAAUGUCACAGCUCAAGAUUGGACGGAUAUACUUGGGAUUCAGCCUGUCCCAGUCCCCAAGUGGAAAUUAUACAGUGAUAAGAGAUGGCAAAGAAAUUCACCUGCUGUCUGUCCAAGGGGAGAGUGUAAUGACUCUCAUUGGAACAUUCAAGAUGAAACAAGAGUAUACGAUACAAUUCUCCUCCAAUGAGAGAUAUAUGUUCAUUGGACCUCAAGUUGUAGAUUUGAUCCUCUUAGAAUCUGCAAGGAGCACCAUACCACUCACAGAAGUUCCCAGCCAGUCAGUUCAACAUGGGGUCUCAAGCCCAAUCUCCCCCCUAGUAUGUGAAUACCAGAUCUUUGGAGGGAAAGGCACAAUUUAUAACUCUGCAUCUG